UCUAGAGUUGUCAGACAGUUCUGGAAGGGGGAGCACAGGUGGUAUAAGUGGCUGGCGCAGCCAUCGCUGCAAACCAAGCAAGCUCCGUGAGAAGAGUAAUUCAGCAACGUGCGUUACUUCAAGAGUUCCAAUGACAGAUACCAAGAGGUAAGCAAAUGGCUUUAUUGGUCGAGAAUUACCAGGUACGCUAACGUGUGUGCAUGGUCUCUCCCCUGCCUCGUGUUCGUGUUAUGCUUUAAAGGUAGACACUGAAUGUCCCCAUGGGUUUUACUACGUCUAUUGCGGGACUGGACACGCUAUGGCAAUCAAAUAUGCACUGAGGACUUACUGAAGGAACGUAGGCCUGCAUUCAGAUGUAGUCAAGGCCAUGAUGGUUUUCUGUGUCUCAUAACUCUAUUGUCACUGUCAAUAUGAUGUUCAAUUUAUAUGUAGUAUUUCCUCUACUAAAGGAAUUUGUCAUUCUGUUCUGUGCUUUAAAAACAUUGUCAUCUGGAUCUGGGUCUAACAACACAACAUAUCGAACACAACCUCUUUUUUUUACUGAUAUUUCAAGGAUUUAUUAUAUAAGUAUUGUAAUGUGUGUUUCAUGUGCCAUGUUCUCGAACAAUCCCCCCCCCUGCCUCCUCCCUCAACCCUCUCCAUAUAUGGCAGACCAAAUAUUCCAAUCUAAAAAUAAGGGACAUGUGCUUCACGGUGGUCAGUAGUGGUCUUUAGGAUUGGGUAGCACACCCAAUGAAAAAUAGCUGUAAGACAGGUCUCAUUCAAGUCAUGAAGUCAUGAUUUGAUCCCAUCUGAUGUGAGUUGGGGUCUGAUCCCUGGCAAAUACAUUUGCCUUUCAUGUAUUAACAUAUUUUUUUUCUGUGAUGUGGGAUUCCUUUUUAACCCCUCCAUGACCAACCCCACCAGCCACCCACACACUCACCUUAUUAUAGAAGUCCCCUCAUUGAGUAUAGGGUGUUGUGUUUCUAUUGCAUGCAUUUCUGUGGUUAGUUCAUUCUCAUUGUAAAAACAUUUUUUUCACACAUUUUACAAACUCUCUUGCCGUUGAAGUGUGUUAGACAUGAAGGCCUACUUUUUAUUCUCCCUGUCAAGUUUUAAUUCAAAAAAAGCUGAAUGUGGUCCUAUAGCAUUAUUGAUGCUUUAAAAUAAUUAUGAAAAAUUGCACAUAUGUGACCCGUUUCCGUAUGUCACAAGUCACGACUUCACAGGAGAGCCGUUUGAACGUUUAAAAAAGAUAUGUAUAUCAAAAUGCGGUUUUUUUUGGGCAGAAAUGCCUUCUGGAACAUGUGAACUUUCAUGUGCCUUAAUAACAAACGUGUAUGCCAUCUGUAAAUACAAAUACAAUUAUUGUCUCCAUCUACCACUCCCUAGUGCCCCAGCACCAGGGGGUAAGGCCAAGGCCAUGGCCUUCAAGUCUCAGAAAGAGAUGUUUCAGAAGAUGGAGGAAUCGUUCAAAUUCUGCGCCAGUUGCGGAAAGCAGCCUGGUCAGGUUUCAGAUGCACAAAAACUCAAACGCUGUGUGAGGUAAUUAUGAGAAAGACAGAAUAAAAAAUAUACUUGAACAUGAACCUUGCACUCCAUUAUGUAUUGUACUGGUUACAUGAUCCAAAAUAGUUAUCUGGUUGGAAGUGGGUGUACUGUCCUCACAGGUUCUUCCUUUCCCUUCCAUCCUCUCCCUCAUCUUCCUCCUUCUGACUACCCCAGGUGUCUGAAUGUCUACUACUGCAGUAAAGAGUGUCAGAAGACUGAUUGGCCUCAGCACAAGAAGGUCUGCUCGGAGUUGCGUCUAGCAGCCAUUGACCGACUGGUGGAAUGGCUUGUGUUCAAAGGUGAGAGAAAGAGAAGGCAGAUAAAAGAGGAACGAGCCAUGACAUUGGGCCAAUUGCUGCAUGAUUGUCGUGAUUUAGAUUAACAAUGUGCACUGAGGGUCCUGACAUCGACACUAGCAAGAGCCAUCGUCCUCUGUUAUUUGUCAAGAUGAAAGCACCACCUAUCUGAGAUCAUUUUGAAAAAUGAAUUAAAAAGGUGUUCCACAGGGUUCGAUUCUAGGAGGACCAUUUCCUAUUAAUGUUUUAUGACAGUUAUUGUCUGAACAGUGUAUUCAAAUAAAUAAAAAUAGACAACACCAGGAGGAUAGCACCAACUUCAGGAUAGCCCAGACUGAUUUCAUACUCCCCCUUCCUCUUACCCAAUCAGGAGACCUCCCAUUCUCUACACAGAAGUGGACCCGACCACAAGGGGAGGUGAAGGGUUGGGAUGACUGGCUUGCCAUGCAAGGGGACCUCACCCCCCGUCUGGACGCCAUCUUGUCUGGCACUAAUAUGACAGACCUUUGGACCAAUGCCGGCAGGCCCAAGCCAGAGGACGAUGACCUGAGAAAGUCGAUUUGGCGGGUAUCGAGCGAGUUCUUCUCCCGGCCGAUGACUAUUGCCCUAGGGUUUAGACUGUUUGGCUUAAACCCAUAUUCCAAACCCCUCACCAUCCACUUGAUAGGGGUUUCUGACAGUGAGACCCUGGGAGCCCGACUGACGGACUAUGAUGAACUGGACCGAAUGUUCCCUGGACACAAGGGUCUGGAGGUGGUGAUGGUGGGGCCAGAGGUGGUGGACGGGCCAAUCAUGAGGCCCCCACUGACUAACUUUGGCCCCAAGACGAAGACCUAUAUCAGUGCCUACAAGGGCCUCUACCACCAGUUCUUUGAGGAGCUUGUGGAGACAGAGAAAGCAGCUAAGCCAGAUCUGGUGGUUGGAUUUCACCCAGGUGAGAAGCUCUGCCAUUGUGCAAUGUCCAGCUUUUCAAGGAAAUAGAAUUGACAAAGUUUGUGUUUGCUAAAACUCCAGUUAUCUCAUGAUAAAACAAAUGGGCAAGAAACAGAUUAGGAGCUGUUCUUGUCUGAGCUAAGCUCUGUUUGACUUCCUCUGUCUCCUAUAGGGUUUGAUGCCAGUCAAGGCCUCGAUCAGGGCUGGCUACCAACACUGCUGCUCCUCAGGGACUACGAGAUCCCUUCCUUGUUUACUGCACUAGAGUAAGCCCCACAUAACCCUGAUCUAAAUACCCUCCAUAGCAUAAUAGAAUCCUCCAUCUUUACCAAAUCAAAUCACAUUUUAUUCAUCAACAUGCUUUGUAAACAACAGGUGUAGGCUAACAGUGAAAUGCUUACGGGCCCUUCCCAACAAUGCAGAGAGAAAGAAAAUAGAGAAAUAACAAAAGUAAAAUACGUAAUAAUAAAAGUAAUAGAUACACAAUGAGUAACGAUAACGUGGCUGUAUAGAAGGGGUACCAGUACCGAGUCGAUGUGCAGGGGUACGAGUUAAUUGAGGUAGAUAUGUACAUAUAACUAGGAAUAAAGUGUCAGAUAGUAAACAGUAGCAGCGUAUGUGAUGAGGCAAGAGUUAGUGCAAAAAGGGUCAAUGCGGAAAGUCCAGUAGCUAUUUGGUAGCUAUUUGGUUAACUAUUUAACUAUCUUUUUGCCAUAACUGUUUUGACUCAUCACAUAAGCUGCACAAAGUCUGGAAUCAACAGGACCCAGAACAGCUUCUACCCCCAAGCCAUAAAACUGCUAAAUAGUUAGUCCGGUAGCUAUUUGGUUAACUAUUUAACUAACUAUUUAGCAGUCUUAUGGCAUGGGGGUAGAAGCUUUUCUGGGUCCUGUAGAUUCCAGACUUGGUAGCAGAGAGAACAGUCUAUGACUAGGGUGGCUGGAGUUUUUGACAAUUUUUAGGGCCUUCCUCUGACACCGCCUGGUAUAGAGGUCCUGGAUGGCAGGGAGCUCGGCCCCAGUGAUGAAUGGGGCCGUACGCAGUACCCUCUGUAGAACCUUGUGAUCGGAUGCCAAGCAGUUGCCAUACCAGGCGGUGAUGCAGCCAGUCAAGAUGCUCUCAAUGGUCCAACUGUAGAAUAUUUUGACGAUCUGAUGGCCCAUUGGCAACUGCUUGGCAUGUGACCGCAAGGCGCUACAGAGGGUAGUGCGGACGGUCCAGUACAUCACUGGGGCCGAGCUCCCUGCCAUCCAGGAUUAGCACUUUAAUAAUACUCACUUGUUUAGCAUAAUAUCAUGGUGCAUUGUAUGAUGUAAUAUAUUUACUAACAUUCACAAACACACAUUAUCUUCACAAUGCUGAGACCUACCUAUGGUAUCUAACUUAGCUUUAGAACACCCCCCCCCCAUACUCCCUCUAUAUCCCAGAUUGCCCCUUUAUAUUCAUCUGUAUUGUGUGUGUGUGUGUGUGCUCACUGUUGUCUACUACAUAGAAUUUAGUGUGUAAUUGUUGAUCCUGCCUGAUCCCCGCAGGAAGACAGAGAUGACCUACUGCUUGCAGAUCCUCUCGGAGUUGGAGAUGGAUUUAAAAUGCAGUGGAGUCAACCCCUUUGCCUCCCAGAAACCAGAGCAGGUCCAGGCCACUCCUAACAAACCACCUGUAUAUUGCAACUCCCAUUACUUCUGCUUCCAGGGCCUACUGGAGACAGUGGAGUUUGAAGAACCAGAGGACGAUUGAGAAUUGAAUUGAAGUCAAACACUAACGGGACAUUGUUAUUCAAGACACAAAGAAGAUUUUAGGAGUAGGGAGAAGACAAGGAUAUCAUAUUUUUCAACUCAAAGUGAGAAGAAUAAGUGCAAUGCCUCAUUGAAAAACAAUAACAGUAGUUCAGUCAAGAGCGUAGUGACGUUUAAGCAUUUGCAUCGACUAUCGAAUUGCUCUUCCAUAAUAAGUGGAAUUAAAUUGAACGUUUAUAUCUCACAAUUUGAAUUGACCCAUACAAAACCAUUGUCUUGUUGGCAGGCAAUAGAUCAUUUGCAUAGAUUUUGGACAGUAGCAUAUUGCACUCAUUUUAUAUGCAAGCCAUGUGUUUCUGAGCCAGUGUACAAUGAAGUGACAGUUAUGUACAUCUACAUACUAUGUUAUCUAUGAAAUUGAGUUUGCAUGUUGCUACACUUACUAUGGUUCAACAAACUGCUUACAGGAGAUAGAGGGUGCUUUUCUAAUUGCAGUCACAAUGAUCAUUUAAAAAACGGUUCAAAAAGCAGAACUAACACACAAUAAUUAGUUAAGCCAAGUUGCUGGUAUACUGGAACAUGUUUAAUUGCAGAAGAGGACAGCAGCACGUAGGUUUUCGAUUUGCUUAGUUCAU